GGUAAAGUCUUGUCUAUACUUCAGCAAAGGAAGGUUUGAAGGACCAAGAGAACAUUUUAUUCUGUCUGGGCUGAGUUCUGUACCCAUCUAUUAUGCAACUACUACUGAAAGGAAAUACUACCUUAGAUAACAGCCUUCAUGGCUCUGUAACUCAGGAGGCCUGCUAAGAUGAAUUUAGAUUGCAUAGCCCAUUUUUGGUAAGCACUUCAGACUCGCACUGCAUGGCAGGCACAGUCAAUAUGUCAUUAUCAUUGCAAACCCAAGAAAAAGAAUUUAGAAGCGUCUUUUUAUUCGAAAGUUAUCAUGAUUUUCAAGCAAUAGUUGUCAGCUACUAAAGAAAAGGCAAUCAUUUCCCUAUCAGUUUACACAGUUAAUAUAUUAUUCAGUAUACUGGAUUAGAUGACAUAACUGAAGGAAGUUGGGAGAGUUCUUGAACAAUACACUGGAAGCUGGCUUGUUAAGCCAUUAUUGAUUCUCUUCUCCAAGUAAAACAUACCUAGCUUUACAACAAAGUUUAACAUUAGGUUUAGCCUCAGGCUAAUUAAUUUACAAUAUCAUUACAAAAGGUUUUAACAUGGGUAUGAGAUCUGGAAAUUGCAGGUGAUACAGCGCUUUUUUAUUACUACUACCAUAAUAUGUUUGCUGCUGCUACCAAAAAUUUUGUUAAGCAGGUUGAUGAUGGAGGGAGAUUAAUUCCUGUUCCUAGUCUCAGUGAAGCUGACAAAUACCAGCCUCUGAGCCUUGUUAUUAAGAAGAGAACGUGUUUUCUUUCAAAAAAAUCUAAAUUUGCUUCAACGCCUUUCACCUUAAAAGACAUUCUUCAGGGAGAGAAAGAAAUUUCUUCAGGUGUUUCAUCCUAUCAGUUGUUAAACUAUGAGGACAAAUCAGAUCUUUCUCUGAAUGGUAAACGAGGAAAUCAGAUAAUGAAUGAUGUCGGGGUCAAUAUUGAUGGAUCAGAUUCUGUUGCAGUUAAAGCUUCAUUUGGCAUAGUGACCAAACAUGAGGUUGAAGUACCAACAUUGCUUAAAGAACUUACUACUAGAAAAAUUAACUUUGAUCAUUGCCUCGUCCGUCAGGCAAGACAAAGUAGGAAGGAAGUUCUGUGUGUGGUAAUGGAAAGUAUUAGAACAACACGGCAAUGCUCAUUAUCUGUCCAUGCUGGAAUGCGUGGGGAAACAAUGAGGUUUCACAUUAUCGAAGACAAUUAUAAAGUACGGGACAAAGCUAUUGUUUUUCCAGCACACACAACCAUUGCAUUUAGUGUAUUUGAACUUUAUAUUCACUUGGAUGGUAAUUUUGAAUUUUGUGUCACUCCAGUUUCCAAAGGAGGAUUUGAAAAAGAGCAGUCUGGAUCAUUUUCAAUGAGCAAAUUAAGGAGUAAUCUGUUCCGUCGAAAUAAGUGGGUAUUGGAGACUGUUGCUAACUCAGAUGAUUACUUGGAGGAGCUUUUAACAGAUUAUUAUGAAAAAGCUGCAAGCAUGACUGAUGUCUCUACAAGCUAUCUCAGAGAAGGGUCUCAUAUCCGAGUGAAUUUACUUAAUAACAACAUCCCAAAAGGUCCUUGUGUCCUUUGUGGAAUGGGUCAUUCUAAAAGGGAGACAGUUUAUGGAUGUCUCGAGUGUUCUUUCCACGGACAAAAGUAUGUACGACUGCAUGCUGUGCCCUGCUUUGACCUCUGGCACAGAAGGGUGAGAUAAAUUAUCUGUGCCAGUGCCUAUUGUUAUAGACUUAGGUAUAACUGUGCCACAAACUUUCCAAAAGUGACUUAGUAAAGCAUUAAAAGUGCAAAAUGUUUUAGUAUACUACUUUCUGUUUUCAAGUGAUGUUUUAUUUUACACAUACAGCUAAUUAUAUUAAUUAGUUUAGCAUGUAGGGGUUUUUGUCAAAAAUAUCACUGCUUUUCAUUUUCCUAGCACUUUCUCAUUUCAUCAUUCAUGGUAACUAACACGUGUACUUUUAAACUGAAUCAGAAAAUAGCAAUUUUUAACUUCUUAUAUUUUGAAAUGGACUUACAAAAUUUGCUCUUUGUAAAGAUAUUUCCUUAACUACAUCAGAGUAUGAUGGUAAAAUGAGAAAAUCUGUUAAAUAUUUAGUGUUGUCAUAAAUGUUUAAUUGAAGUAUCAGAUUAAAAACACAUUGGAGGUUAGCUCAGUUUAAGGUUUCUUUUAUAAAGGAGAAGACUGAAAAGGAUCAUAGCUGAGGAUAUGGGUUUCAUAUCAGGAUGUAAUUACCAUAUAUCUUUAUUCUGACUAUAUUAGUUGUGACCACCAGCUAGCCCACAUUUUGCAUAACUUGGAUAACUUGCAUGUGUUUUAUUCUGAGUUAGACUGGCUGUUGACUUUAAUGUCUUUGAUGUAUACAGGUAAAAAUAGCGAUAAUUUAUAUCACUAACAAUAUUGUAUUAUAUCAAUCCUUUUAGAUUUCAUGUCUGAAGGUCUGUGACCUAGAGUAGGGGUUUGGCAGCAUUUUCUGUGGGGGAUAGUGGAAUGACUCAGCUUGGAUCAGAGAAAGGCAGGCAUUGGGACCCAGCUGUUCCUGCCACUUUUCUCCGCUGAGCUGUUCAGUGUGGCAUGAUGAAAGCCCCUUCCACCAGAAUCUGUGCUGCUUGACUGCAGACAGGUACAGGCACAGCCCCUUCCAUUGGAGCCCCAGGUAGCUGACUAGUGUGCAAGAGGGAGAGGUCCUGCCACCAAAUGCUGCCAAAAUCACAGUUCUGCAGGCCACAGGUUGCUGACUCCUGACCUAGAUAGUCUAACAUCACAACUUACAGUAGUUUGCAUUAUUGGGAGUACAUACACUAGAUGGCACUGCAGAAUGUAAUUCAGAACACUGGAACUGGCACUGCUGGCCAGAACAGCUGUCAAAAGUGUUUACGUCUCUCUUAAUGUCAUUAUAAAGUAAGAGGGAGAUUAAAAUGUCUAUUCCUGCUUCCCUUGAAA